AUUUUAGUUUUUUAUAAAGUAAUUGUAAGUUUAAUUACUUAUCUAUUUAAAAAUAACUGGAGCUGCUGUGCAAAAUAUACAAACAGAGGAUCCCUAGAGAAUGUCUACUGUUGCUGAUUCUAAAUUAAUUAUAGUAAAAGACAUGAAGACACAAUUUUAUGAACCGCAAACAUGAAGACAGGCAAGCAUGAGCUGCAAGUUUGGGUUCUUAUUGCUGCUUGGUUGUACAGGAUGCAUUUUGUUAUUUUUAUAUUUAUGGAGAGAGAUUUACAAGUGCAGAUUUCGAAGAAAACGAAUCUCAUACACUCUCAGACAGCAAAAAAAGUGAUGGACAAAUCAUCAGGAAACACCAGAAUCAUAAUCAAACCAUCCUGCAACGCUACUUACCUGAUAUGGAUCGUCACGUCUUACGCUGGUGACCCUUCAGCCAGAAGUGCCCUACGACGAGCUUACACGAAUGAGGAAUUACAGACUUUAGGGAUUGGAAGGGUAUUUCUACUCGGUACGUUAAAUGAUGAUGCCAAGGACAGGACACACGUGUCGCAGAAAGCAUUGCUAGACGAAUCCCGGCGAUUCGGUGACAUACUUCAAGGGAACUUCCUAGAUACUUAUAGAAAUUUGACUCACAAACAUUUGAUGGGCCUUCGAUGGGCAAUAAAUAAUUGCGAAGGCGUUAAAUAUAUCAUGAAGAUGGACGACGAUAUAGUUGUAGAUAUAUAUGGCAUAUUAGAAAAAUUACAUUCAAGUGUGAUAGAGAAAGAUUCUUUAAUUGGCUACAGCAUGAGGAAUAUGAUCCCGGUUCGAGAACUAGCCAAUAAAUGGUACGCGAGUAAAAUGGAAUAUGCGGGCAAUAUUUAUCCUGAUUUUAUUUCCGGUUGGCUGUACGUUACAAGUCCACAGAUAGCAAAUUGGUUGACAAAUUAUGCCGAGACUUCCAGUAAAUAUUUCUGGAUAGACGAUGUAUUUGUAACGGGUAUUUUGAGAAAGGAUCUAAACAUAAAAAUCCGAGAUAUCAGUGAGAUAUAUACGACAGAUUAUAGAUACUUGGAAUGUUGUAUGAAGGGAAGGACGAAUUUGCUAAAAUGCGAAUUCCUGAUUGGCCCUAAUGGCGGCGAUGCCGAGUUGCAAGUGCGAUUCAAGAAAUUUGCGAAAUUUUGUCACGCAAACUGUUCCAUGCGUGACGAAAAUAAUCUUGUUGGUAAAACCUGUGUAGUUGCAUAUAAAAAACCGCAAUUGCACAAAGGUACCUUCCAAAUAAAUCCCAUUAAAAUUUUAUGAAGGAAUAAGAAUAUAUAAAUUAAUAAGAUUAAAAAUAUAGACAGUUUUUCCUUGUUUUAUGAAAUAUCUUUGCUUUAAAACAAACAAAAGGAAAUACUGUUUAUUAAAGAGAAUAUUUACUACUUAUUUUAUUAUCUUUGUAAAAUAAAGAAAUAUUUAUUAAAGAGAA